AUGGAGGUGUGUCAUGACUUGCCCUACUAUUAUGGACAACUGGAAGGCUCUGACAUUUUGUCCAAAACUAUGGCUUCCAAUGAAAUCCACACACCACUGCAAGUCCCAGCACGGAUAACUGCAUCAGAGGACAGGUAUCAGGAUUUCAGACAAUCAAAUCCAGUACCUAAAGUCCCAUGGGGAACAGAACGGGAAUAUGGUGCCAUGGUACCAAUUUCAGUGCCAGAAGAACAUAGACCAAAACCAGAGCCUCCUCGCUUCUUCGGCAAAGGACAUAAGCAUUAUGGCUUUGGUGGAGACCCCUGGCCAAGAGGCAUUCCUAUCCAACAGUUCUAUCACCUGACACAGAACAAGAAGAGUAAUCUUUAUGAUAAUGACUCCUUGCUUCCUAAACCACUCCAUACCACAGCAGAGCCACUGUGCGUGGGAUUUCCAGUUGGACACCCCUAUCAGACCCACAUCUCUCGGUGUGCCAUGUUCCCAACCUUCACCUCCCCGAAGGACAUCAACACCAGCCUUGUUGCAAGUGUCCAGCAGCCUUUUCCUGCUACCAUGCCCGCAGGGCCUUACGAGACAACCGUUCUGAAGAAAACAAAAGGUAAUCCAUAUCGACAUGAAAACCUCGAUUUUCCCUCUGAUUCCCGAAAGAAAGCCUUGCAUUGGCCUGGGCAGCAUGUGUAUUACGACCUUCCAAAACAUAUUCACAAGAAUACACAGAUCUUCUACCCCAAACCUCCAAAACUCUUGGCACCAAACACCACCUUAAGUAUGCUGGAUCCUUUAUUGUCUCUAAGAGAAGCUAACAUACAAAGAAAUCUGGAGCGGUCCCAUUGGAUAACAAGCUACACACAUGAUUUCACAGGUUCAGGUCCCGUGAACCCCCUUGAACUGGAUGAUUUUCAUGGAAAGGAGGUGGCCACUUUAACUGGACAGAUAGGAUUUGACCCACCACCUCAAGAACAAUCCCACCCAGAAUUCCUUCCUACCAGACCUUUGGAAGGCCGUAUUGCACGUAUUUUGCAGGGCCGCAGACCCCGAGACUCCGUAGUUAUCGCACAGAGGUUACCUUUGUGUCCCCAGUGUACACCUAGCGUCCUGUGCAGGGUACAUUCUGUGGUGCCCAGUCAUGCUGAGAUGAUGCUCAUUAAGGGGAGCACGCCAGCAGGACCUGUGGCCCGCAAGAACCCAAUUUCUGAAAUGGAAGAGAUGAUCGGAAACGGAGUAAUACCACCAUCUCCACCUCACUGCAAGACCAAAGAAGACAUGUAUGAUUUAUCUAAGAUUUAUGAACCAAACCCGUACUCCAAAAUCACAGAUACUUACAGGAAUGAUGCUUUGUACUGGAGACAGCUAUCGAUCAGGCCUACCUCCCAAACACAUGUCGAACCUGAGGAUUUUCUCUGCUAUGACAACAUGAAACCCAGCCGGCUUGACCAAUAUAUAGUGUGGCAUAACCCCGUUGGCCUCAGCAAGCCCAGUGUUCUACCAGAGCUAGCAGAACAAAAACCUCCCUUUUCCCCCUGUCACUGUUUCAUCAACAAGCCACAGGAGUAUCCACAGAUUCCUGACAAGGGGAGCCAGGGAGACAAAAAUCCCCUCCUGAAGUGGUUUCCCAACGCUGGCUUGGCUCGGCCACAGACCUGCCUUCUGAAACUCCAAGACUCUUUCUCCAAGACAGGUGCAUGCAGACGUUUUCAGGAGUCAAUCGUAGAAGAACGUAAAGACCUACAGGAUAGUGAACACUUAGGAAUGCGACACAAUUUCUAUAACUAUAAUGUCGAUUAUUUCUUUAACUGA